AUGGAAGGUCAAUAUUUUGCCUUGCUUGAAACACAAGCAUUUCUUUCAACAAUAACUCAUCGACUUCAUCUAACAACAAGUCAAUGUUAUCAAGAUUUUGUACCGACAAAACAAAUAAUUUUUCGUUCUGAUAAUACACUCCAAAUAUUAAUUGAAGAAGAGUAUCGAACUAAACACCACAAUCGUUGUUCAUCACCAUCAGAAUCAUUUAUUAAACGACGAUGA